AUUAUUGUCAUGAUGACGAUGAUUAUGGUAAUAACGAUCGUGAUGAAAAUGAUCGCCAUGAUGAUAAUGAUGAUGAUUAUGCUAAUUUUAAUGAUGAUCAUCAUCAUGAUCAUGAUGAUAAUUAUGGUAACUGCGAUGAUGAUAAUGAUGAUAAUAAUGAUAAUGAUAUUGACGAUAAUGGUGAUGAUGACGAUAAUGAUGGUGAAAAUGAUGAUGAAAAUGGUGAUGGUGAUGAUGAUGAUUAUGAUGGUGAUGAUAACGAGGAUAACGAUGAUGAUGAGAAGCUUACAACUAACGGAAGGCUGGUGUACCAAUUUGGGAAGCAUCAUGGCAGUAAAUGA